CUGUUUGGUUCAGUGAACGUGCGUCACAGGCAGAGAGCAGUAUCAUUGUGGAACAAGAAAUUGACCAGAAGAAAGAACACAGCAGCUUCUGCUGUUUACACCCCAUUUCAUGUUGGCCUACUUCAUGUUUUUGCCAGGUUUCAUUUGGUGCAUUGAUAGGAAACACAAACCAGUGUGAGCUUGAUUACACUUAAACACAGGGAUUAUUCUUUUCUCCUCGGUGUGAGACAGAAGACGGUGUGAUGAAGCUCUGUAUGUUUCUCUCUCUCCUGCUCGGACAGUGUAUGCUCUCUGCUCAGUCUGCCUUAUUUGAUCAGAGAAUCACAGAAGGCAGUAACGUCACCAUUCAUUGUGAAAACGAGGGCCGAGUGACGUGGAGUAAACGAGCCGAUGGAAAGAGAGAGAUCAUCCUCAAGGCCCCAAGUGAAGAAGACCCCGUCCAAUCCAAACCUGGUCCAGAGCCCAGAUACAGUUUAUUAAAUAAUUUAUCCCUCGUAAUAAAGGAAGCGUGGGUGUCAGACUCGGGGAUUUACUUCUGUAACGUUACUCCUGUGGUGAAUCUGACAGUCACUGCAUUAAACGCCUUAUUUGAUCAGAGAAUCACAGAAGGCAGUAACGUCACCAUUCAAUGUGAAAACGAGGGCCGAGUGACGUGGAGUAAACGAGUUGAUGGAAAGAGAGAGAUCAUCCUCAAGGCUCCAAGUGAAGAAGAACCCGUCCAAUCGAAACCUGGUCCAGAGCCCAGAUACAGUUUAUUAACUAAUUUAUCCCUCGUAAUAAAGGAAGCGUGGGUGUCAGACUCGGGGAUUUACUUCUGUAACGUUACUCCUGUGGUGAAUCUGACAGUCACUGCAUUAAACGGUGGAGUGAGUGGUGUUGAGCAAGUGCUAUUUGUCAGUCUGGCUGCUCUGUUUUUGUUCCUCACUACAAUAGUGUGAUCCACCAUCAACCUCAGCAUGCAUUAGAGGAAGUCAGACAAUCUGUUACCAGCCAGUAUUCACUAAUCACAGUAAUAAAAAAGUAGUUUCAUAAUUACAGUAUAUGUUCUGUUGUGGAGGAUGAAUAUGAAGCACUGCUUCUAGACCCUGAUCAAAUAAACAAUCUUUUUUUUUCUUA